AUGACUCCGGUUGAAAUUAGUCUCCUCGGAGGCAUCGGCGGCACGAUAUGCAUAGCACUCAUCCUGCUAUGGAAGGUACACAGAAUCAAGAAAUCCCAGCAAAACCAUACUUUCCGUCAUGGAUCCUUUGACCCCUGA